AUGCCGCGCGAUCCUCUCAUCGGCCUCGUGGGCAAGCCUUCGUCUGGAAAAUCGACGACUUUGAACAGAUUUACCACAAUCGACCCCCAACGCGCUAUCGGGUACCUUCAAAUUACGUGUCCCUGCGCGCGCCUCAACCUCGCCGACCGCUGCAAGCCCAACUACGGUUCCUGUGUCGAGGGACGGCGAUCGGUGCCCAUAGAACUACUCGAUGUUGCCGGUCUUGUUCCUGGCGCACAUAUGGGCAAGGGGUUAGGUAAUAGGUUUCUGGACGAUUUGCGACAUGCGGACGCGCUGGUACAUGUGGUGGACGUGAGCGGGACUACGGACGCAGAGGGCAAGGCGACAAGAGGGUAUGAUCCAAGCCAAGAUAUUGUAUGGCUGAGGAGCGAAAUCGUGAGGUGGAUACAAGGCAAUUUGAUGGAGAAAUGGGGUAGUAUCAAGAGACGACAUGUCGCAGUCAAAGCGACAGCAGUAGAAACCCUCCAGAACCAAUUCUCCGGUUACGGCUCCACGUCCAGCGUCGUCGCACGCUGUCUGGACCGCCUCGCCCUCAAAGAGCCCUUGCAAGACUGGUCCGACGAAACCAUCGAGCGCGUCGUCAACGCCUUCACCGACGAAAAGUUCCCAACCGUCAUCGCACUCAACAAAAUCGACCAUCCAGACGCAGACAAGAACAUUGCGAAAAUUGCAAAGAUGCAGGAUCCCAAAAGCAUAGUCCUCUGCAGCGCUAUAUCCGAAGUUUUUCUCCGCAAACUAGCCAAGCAGGGCUUCGUCAAAUACACCGAAGGCAGCGAAUUCGUAGACACGCGCGAAGACCUCAUCGAGCAAGGCGACCCCGACGGUGGCGGCCUAAAGGAACUAGACGAGAAACUCAAGACGCGGAUUGAGAAUCUUAAAGAUAUGGUUCUGUAUCGCUUUGGUAGCACUGGCGUUGUUCAAGUGCUGUCACGGGCGGCGGAGCUACUUGGUCUGGUACCCGUUUUCCCCGUUAGGAAUAUCCACGCGUAUACGAGUGGUUCGGCAAGUUCGACGGCCGUGUUUCGCGAUUGCGUGCUGGUAAAGAAGGGGAGUACGGUGGGCGAUGUUUAUAGAAAGGUCAUGGGUGAUGCGCCGAUGGCGUAUGUGGAGACGGAGGGUGGGAGGAGGGUAGCGGAGGAUGAUGUUGUUGCUGUAGGGAAGAAUGAUAUAUUGAGUUUCAAGGUGGGUAGGGCUUAGGGAGAUGGCUUUGGCCUGGACUUGGGCUUGGACUUUGGUUUGUGGUGUAGAUGCAUGCUGGGUACAUGGAAAUAGGGCCUACUCUCUAUACACGGCUUUCCGGGAAAAGCACGAGACUGGGGAGUGGUAGUUUUGCAGCUUUGUGUUUUCAAACAAUGCAUACAUCGUUCAAUCCA